CCGUAAAGCGCAGACACCUGGUGUCGUAGUGGGUGCUCUGUGAGGCAGGAGCUAGAGCGGCUAGGCGCGUCCUGGAGCCAUGAUCGAGGUUGUGUGUAACGAUCGGCUGGGUAAGAAGGUCCGUGUGAAGUGCAACACCGACGACUCAAUAGCAGACUUGAAGAAACUGAUUGCUGCACAGACAGGCACCCGUUGGAACAAGAUUGUUCUGAAGAAAUGGUACACAAUCUUCAAGGACCACGUGACUCUGGGAGACUAUGAGAUCCACGAUGGAAUGAACCUGGAGCUUUAUUACCAAUAAGGGUAGCAACACCCCAUCCCCCAAAUCUGCACCUCUCUUCCCUUUUUAAAAGUCUAAUAAAAUAACUUCAAUGAUGGUG